CACGAUAAAAUGGUUUCGAGAUAUCCUCCCAAAUGGGAUGAAACGAUCAACCCUUUUUUCAAGACCCAGGUUCCCCUCCAUUCUUUUAUCACCGAUAAUAUCAGUUUGCUGCUUAAGGUAUGGAGAGGUAUGGCCUGGGUGACCGAUGGGAUCGAAGAUGAAGAAGAAGAAACGCGAUCGUCUGAUAAGAUGGAACAGGGAAUCGACUCAUACGGUACCAUGGCCGUGAAAAAGCUAUCUGUUAUCCCUGAAGCGAGUUCGUUUCACAUAGAAACGGUAGGUAUCCUCUUCAAUAUGAGUUUUUACAACCACUUUUUACCACUGCAACCAUCGAUUGUUUCAGGAUCUUCAAUCAGAAGUCAGUGA